AUGGUUUGGUUUCAAUGCGAAGAUUGUGGGGACAACCUCAAAAAACCUAAGUUACCCAGUCACUUCCGGUCAUGCUCCGCCAACAAGCUUUCAUGCAUUGACUGUGGCCAAAUGUUUGGGAGAGACACCGUUCAGAAUCACACUCAGUGUAUUACAGAAGCCGAAAAGUAUGGGCCAAAAGGCCAAGGUAAAGCUUUGAAUGGUUCAGCUGCCAAGCCUGGCAAAGAUAAAAAGCAAAGGCCGGAAGUUGAUACUAAUGUGGGUUUAUCUAAUCGCCCUCCGUGGUUCUGUAGCCUUUGCAAUACAAAAGCUACAAGCCAGCAAGCGCUUCUUCUCCAUGCUGAAGGAAAGAAACACGGGGCAAAAGCCCGAGCAUUCCAUGCUUCGCAGCAGCCACCAGUCCAGGCAGAUAAACCUGCCUCUGAUGCAAAAGAAGCAGUGGAGCCUGCUUCUGAUGGUACAGAGAAAGGCAAAAAUGCAGAGCAUCCAAAAUUGCAAGAGUCUUCUGAACAAAAUAUCUUGAAACCAGGGAGUGAAGUUUCUUCAGAAAAGAAAAAGAGGAAACUUGAUGCAUCAGAGGGUGGCCUUAUUAAAAAGUGCAAGAAUGACACUUCAGUGGAUACAGAAAAUGGCGAAGUAAUUCAAGUCGAGAAGACUAAAGAGAGGAAAAUAAAAUGGAAGAAGUUUAUCAAAGCAGCCUUGAAAUCUCAUCCGGAUGGAUUGAAGAUGAAGAAACUGAGAAAAGCUGUAUUCAAAGCGCUGCAGGAAUCUGGCAUUGUGGUAAAUGAAAAUGAAUUGAGUGACACACUUGAGCAGAAGAUAAGUUCUAGCUCCAAAUUUGCAGUUGAGAAGAAGUAUGUGCGACUAGUGGCCAAAGAUUGA